AUGNAGGUUGAAGAUUUUAUCGAUACAUCAAGUACAACACCAAUGAGUUCAGUACCAGUUCAAUUUUUAAUUUAUGUUCAAUCACAACCAGCUUGUUCACUAGAACCUCUAAUUAUUCCUCUAGAUCGUUGUCUAGAAGUACAAGUUGGUGUCUCAAUCAGCUUUAAUCUAUCUGCAAUAAAUUUAUGUACUCCAAGUGUGGCUACACUUACUGAUAUCGUUGUUUUAAGUGGAAUUACUGGUAUGACUCAUAGUAAUCUUACACAUUCAUCAACAAAUUCAUCGAUCUACUAUAUGAAGUUCACUUGGACACCACAGGCAAAUCAAAUUGGAUCGCAGCAAUUAUGUACCGUAGCAUACACAAGUGAAAGCUUACAAUCUGACCAGUAUUGUGUUGCAUUUACUGUAAAAAAUUCAUCUAAUAUUUGUGUAACAACUACAACUUCUACUUCAACUACUACCUCUACUACAACUACACCCACAACAACUACUUCUAUAACGACCUCUUCCACAACGACCUCUUCCACAACGACCACUUCCUCUAUAACCACAUCCACAACAACGACGUCCACAAAAACCACUUCCACAGCGACCACUUCUACAACGACCACGUCCAGCACAACCACUUCCACAACGACAUCAUCAACAACUACAACUACAACGGUAACCAGCAGUACAACAACAACAACUACAACGGUAACCAGCAGUACAACAACAACAACUACAACGGUAACCAGCAGUACAACAACAACAACUACUACGACGUCGACCGCUACGUCGAGCUCACAACUAUUCACCGAUCAAUCGCUCAAUCAUCUUCUUCUGGUGCUUGGAUUAGGUUUAGGCCUUGGCCUUCCACUACUGCUCGUUCUAAGUAUAUUGUCUACUUGUCUUUGUUGUCGAUGUUGUCCAGGACUUUUCUGGUACGUAGAUAUAUGUUAUACAUGUUUGUGUGUGUAUUGAAUUCAUUUCGUUUUCUUAGGAGAAAAUGGCGUCACAGGAUUUGGGGAGACGAGCAUGCCUACUGCGAAGUAUGCGGAAGACAAUGUAAUGGUCACUCAUACAAUAACAAUAGUAAAAUGUUUGAUGACGAUCCAGGGAAUUAUCGACAGCAAUACAUCAAUGAUACUUCGCCGACACCAACGACAGAUUCAUUCUAUGAACAUUCAUCUCUCUCUCGUUCAUUUUCGCCUUUUGAUGUUCCAUCGCAGACCACUACAUGGACUAGGUUCAUGUCAUCAUCCUCAGUUAAUGUGAUGCCAGGCGAAGACAUUCCAACACAAGCGGUUCGCUCUGCGCAACUACAUUUGCUUGAACCUGGUGGAUCAAUACUUGUGCGUGCUUAUGUGGCACAGGAACAAACAAAAGACAACUUUUCUGACUGAUUUACAUUUUUGAUACAGUACUGCGUUGAUCUGAUCUUGCCUAAUCAUAAUUCUAUGCCACAAAAUUGUAAAUAUAGAUACCUUUUAUUCAUAAACAUACAUGGAACUAUUUGUGCGUUUGCUAUCAAACAUUAUUUGCAAAAAAAAACGAAUUUUCUCAUAGAAUACAGAAGGACAUGGUGUGAAUGUCACUGUAGCUAUAGUUUGAGUAUGGAUUUAGUUGGUUUGUGCAGGUGUGGGAGCGGGAAGGGGACGGGAGGGAAGAGAUGUGUGGGCAUGAACCUUGAAAAAGAAUCAAUAAGUUGCAGAAAUCUGAAAAAAAAUCAAUCAUCAAGGGAAAGAAGCCUUCUAAAUUUCCUUUUUCUUCAUUCAUACUAGUGAUAUCUUCUAAUGUAUCGAAAUCUAACGAAGUCAAACUACAAAAAAAAUAACCGAUUAUAUAUCAAAAUCUUACUACUUAACUUGAUUAUACUUUGAAAAUUUUCAUAUCACUUCUUCAAUUCUUAGAAAAAAUUGAGCAACGAACUUAUUUUUGUACUCUAACGUAUUAUUAGUUUAACUUAUAAAAUGUUGGUAUCAUUAAUUUCUGAGAUUUUUUGAAAUAUUUUGUGCAAAUAAUAAUGUCAGUAUCGCAUUAUUGACUGAUUUUUAUUGUAAUAGUUGCCUUUAACUACAGUUGACACAAAGGACUUUCUGUUAUCUUGUUGAGAAAGAAACGGGAUCCGGACAUUUGGUCGCCGGACAGUUGCGCACGGACAGUUGGUCGUAUAGUGUAAAUAAGAGGAAUAUGAGUAUAAUAACCACACAACACUAAUACAAUGAAUUGAUCUCGUGUGGAAGAAUAAUCAUCAUGAUUGAGUAAUUGAUGU